GAGUAAUAUAUAUAUAUACACCAAACAUUUUAGUUUUUAUAUGACCUAAAACACGGCACUUCAAUAAGACAACCAUGCAUAUUGGAUUUUCUAGGCUUUUAAAUUUCAUUUUAGCGGUGCGCGUAUAUCUAUAUAUUUGAAAACGAGCGUGUAACAAUACUAUGUUUGUCAAAUACUAGCAAUGAGAUUAAAGAGAUAAAAAGUAGCAAAAGGGAAUCAGAAAUAUAACUAAUUCCGUGUGAAUGCUCUAUGUUUUGACUGAAAUGUAAAACGAAAUUUCGAGAAAAAAUAAAAAAUAAUAAUAAAAAUAAUACUAUGAACGCGAAAUAUUUGGGUAAGCUUUUUAUUCUAGAAAGAACACGUGUUUCGUAUUACUAUUUUGCAAGAAUUUUCAUGCAAAUUGUUCAGAAGCAGAAGAACACCGUCUCUCCUUUAAAUUGAGAACCCAAAUGCUCAAACUACUACUCAAGUCUCAAACAAACAAAAUAUCUUCUCUCUAACCUCUCUCUCUCCUCUCCACUCAUUGAAGCAGCUGAGAUUCGGAGUUCGGAAUUCGUGAUUCAGAUCUCUCGAUUCAGUUGCGGCAAUGGAGUUGCAGAAUCCAGCGCAGGAGAUCGACGCGCCGACUACCAUCACCAUUAAGGGGAUUUUGGGGUUGUUGAUGUCGAGUACGGAUCCGAAGGAGAGCGGGAAGAGAGUAAUUUCGCUGGGGAUUGGGGAUCCGACUGCGUAUUCGUGCUUCCACGCUAGUAAUGCUGCUCAGGAAGGUGUUGUGGAGGCUCUGCGCUCCACCAAAUUCAACGGCUACGCUCCAACUGCUGGUCUUCCACAAACCAGAGAGGCAAUCGCCGAGUAUUUGUCACGAGAUCUUCCCUACAAGCUACCGGCCGACUCUGUGUAUGUCACAGCCGGCUGCACACAAGCCAUUGAGAUAGCAUUGUCCGUUUUGGCUCGCCCCGGUGCUAAUAUCUUGCUGCCGAGACCGUGUUUCCCGAUAUACGGGCUUUGCGCCUCGUUUAGAAAUAUCGAAGUCCGCUACUUCGAUCUUCACCCCGAGCAGGGAUGGGAGGUUGAUCUCGAUGCAGUAGCAGAUUUGGCAGACCACAAUACAGUGGCAAUGGUGAUCAUCAAUCCUGGGAAUCCAUGUGGGAACGUCUACUCAUAUCAGCACCUAAAGAAGAUUGCUGAGACAGCCAAGAGGCUUGGUAUAGUGGUGAUAGCCGAUGAGGUCUACGGCCAUCUGGCUUUCGGGGCGAACCCUUUUGUUCCGAUGGGAAUAUUCGGGUCAAUUGCCCCGGUGGUGACGCUUGGAUCUUUGUCUAAGAGAUGGUUGGUUCCUGGCUGGCGCCUUGGUUGGUUGGUCAUCAAUGACCCUGAUGGCAGUUUGAUGAGCCCAAAGUUUGUGGAACGCAUCAAGAAAUACUGUGACAUCUGCGGAGGUCCUGCUACAUUCAUACAGGCUGCAGUUCCUGAAAUUGUUGAGCAAACACAAGAAGUUUUCUUCAGGAAAACAAUUAACAUACUGAAGCAAACCUCUGAUAUCUGUUACCAAAAGAUUGAAGACAUCAAUGGCAUCACUUGUCCAACAAAACCUAAGGGAGCAAUGGCUUUCAUGGUGAAGCUGAAUCUUUCCAGGAUGAAAGAUAUUAGUGAUGAUAUUGACUUCUGUUUCAAGCUGGCCAAAGAGGAAUCUGUUAUCAUUCUUCCAGGGCUCGCUGUGGGUCUGAAGAACUGGAUCCGGAUCACAUUUGCAGUAGACGUACCUGCUCUUGAAGAAGCCAUGGAGAGGCUCAAGUCUUUCUGUGAACGGCAUUCCUACUAAGACGCGUAAAAGUGGUAGCCGUUGAAGGAGUUGGAUGGCCAAGAUGAUGUAUUGCUCUCCUCGAGUAAAUAUUGUAUCAUCGAUCGCAUUUUGGAACAAUGUAUUGCAUUUAAUUCGUUUAUUUGAAUAAGUCAGUUUGAGAUUGUUAAUUUAUUAUGUUCAAUUUGUAAUUUGCCCCGAAAUGAUUGUUGGCAGCCAGUAAAUACUGAAUACUAUCGUCUUACUUUCAUUGAAA